AACUUGACGCGAAAGGACGUUUCGUUCCGUUUGUGCACAUAGUAUAUUUUAUUUAUAGUGAACUAAUAACAAGAUGACGAAACAUUCUAAGUCUGGAUCGGAAAACCGUUCUCAAGAUAAAGUUACGAACCCCGAAACAAGUGAAGACGCAAUCGACCUAGAUGACUUGUUGCCGAAAAUCGGCGAGUUUGGUAUUUACCAGAAGUUGCUACUGUGGCUGGUGUGCUUGCCGGCGUGCCUGCCGUGCGGGUUCUGCGCGUUCAACCAGCUGUUCAUGACGGACGUGCCGGACCACUGGUGCAGGGUCCCCGAAUUACAAAACAUCUCGGAAACAUAUCGAAAAACACUGUCAAUACCUAAAAAGGCGGACAACAUCACAUACGAAAAAUGUAUGCGAUAUUCAGUUAACUGGACAAAACUUAUAGAAUCUGGAAAUACUUUAGAGCCCAACCGUAGUUGGCCCACAGAACCAUGUUUAGACGGCUAUGAGUAUGAUACAUCAGAGGUGAUAUCUUCUAUUGUCAUUGAUUUCAACCUCGUUUGCGAAUACGACGUUUAUCCAACACUCGGACUAGUCGCCUUAAACGUAGGAGGGCCAAUAGGCGUAUACGGUUUUGGGUUACUGAACGACCGAAUCGGACGGAAGAAGUCUUUCUUCACCUGCCUGACCACCCUGCUCGUUGGAAGCAUCACCACUGCCUACGCUCACGAGUACUGGGUGUGGGUAUUGGCGCGAGUUAUAGUGGGCUUGACUAUUCCCGCAGUGUACCAAAUACCGUUUAUUAUUUCUCUCGAAUUAGCCGGUCCCAACUAUAGGUCAUUUGUGACAGUCAUGACCUGCAUAUUCUACACUUUGGGGCUGAUUCUUCUAUCCGUAGUAACAUAUUUCCUACGAGACUGGCGCUCACUAGCCCUGGCUACCUCAGUGCCCUUUCUAUUUUAUUACUUGUACUGGUUUGUGUUACCAGAGUCUCCCAGAUGGUUACUAAUGAGAGAACGGUUUGAAGAGGCGAACGAUAUACUUAAAACAAUAGCCAGGGUCAAUGGUAAGCAAAUGCCUGUGGAAUAUACUGAGAGACUUCAAAAACAAGUUCUAGAGCAAAAACAAAUAGGGAAGAAGGAAGUUAAAGUGGCUAGCGUGUUUGCUCUGUGUCGGACGCCUAACAUGCGAUUAAAAACAUUGUUGAUCACUUUAAACUGGUGUGCUUCGGAGAUGGUAUAUGUUGGUUUAAGUUACUAUGGACCGGCCAUAGGCAGCAACCAGUACAUGAGCUUCUUUUUAUCUUCGGCUGUGGAGAUACCGAGCUAUUUGGUUUGCUGGGUUCUCAUGGAUAGGAUCGGUCGGAGGUGGCCUCUCUGUUUAUCCAUGGUCAUAAGUGGAUUCUUUUGUAUAGCUACAGUGUUAUUGCCGAGUGAUGCUCAAACGGCAACCUUGAUCCUGUACUUAAUAUCCAAGUGUUUCAUAUCCGCCUCCUUCCUGAUAAUAUACCCGUACGCCGGAGAGCUGUACCCGACCGAGCUUCGCGGCGUGGGCAUUGGCACCUCUGCCUACAUAGGCGGCUUGGGACUCAUUGUCAUACCUUUUAUAAACUACUUGGGUUCGAGUAAUCUCGUGUUGCCACUAGUAGUUAUGGGAGCACUAUCGGUCGUGGGAGGUUUGACGGCCCUGCGUCUGCCGGAGACACUCAAUACCCCACUACCUCAAACCGCUGAAGAAGGAGAAGAAUUCGGUAAAGAUUGGAGCUACAAGGACUGUAUGGUCUGCGGAGAGCAAAGGACUGUGGCUGGAUCAGAAUCCUAUGAAAACCUCGACCAAAUGGAACUAACGCAAGCACCAUUAAUGGAGGAACAGGACCAAGUACCCGAACUACUGUCUCGGAGACGGAGCUCCAUGCGCAAACUAACAAGGCAAAACAGCAUUUUGGAAACGCAGAGAGACAUCGAUGGAAACAUGAGAAUGACUUAUUGGUUUUAAAUUAAAACAACG